GAUGUGUUUCUAAAUAAAGCGGAGUCAUUUCCUGCGUAUUAGGGGCUAAUGUCAGCUAGCUCCGCUGUUAGCCGCAUGCUACCCAGCAGCUAAAGCCCGUCACCAUUUGUUUGGAUAUUACGUUACAUACAGAAGGUUUAAAUAGCAGGACAUCACUUUAUUCUGAAAACAACAUUAACCUUCAGGUCUCCACCGAUGUCCCCCGGAUGCAGAAGCCUUUCUCUGACAUUUUUCUCACUCACCUAUCGAAGGCUUUGUACCUGGAGGAGUUUGACCUCCAAAGCUGCUCUCUGCUCCUCUGCCUCCACAGUUCCACCUCCUCCUCCUCCUGCUGCUGCCGCUCGCCGCCGCCUCUCUCGUUCUGCUCACCCCCCCGGCCCGAUGGAGCUGAAGGAGGUUCUGCAGGUGUUGGAGCAGCUCGCCCCUCUGUCUCUGGCCGAGUCGUGGGACAACGUCGGCCUUCUGGUGGAGCCCAGCGAGCCUCGGCCCGUCAACACCGUCCUGCUGACCAACGACCUGACGGACGCCGUCAUGGGCGAGGCGGAGGCCAUGGGCUGCGACCUGGUCGUCUCCUACCACCCGCCGUUGUUUCGGCCGGUCAAGCGCCUGGUUCAGAGCGACUGGAAGCAGAAACUGGUCAUCCGGGCUCUGGAGGCCCGGAUGGCGAUCUUCUCCCCUCACACGUCGUGGGACAGCGUCAAAGGAGGAGUGAACGACUGGCUGGUCGGGGGACUCGGUAGCGGGCAGGUGUGUGUGCUCAGUCAGGCCGUGGGCGGCGCCUCCCAAAGCCACAAGCUGGAGUUCACGGUCACGAGCGCCGAGGAACUGAGCGGCGUGAUGGAGGAACUGAAAGCUUGUGACGGGGAAUCGACGCUGCAGCAUUCGGUCAACAGACCAGAUAACGGCGGGGUCCACGUCAGCGUCACCUGCAGCGACUCGGCGCUGACCCCGAGUGUCCAGACUCUGUUACGGCACAACGCCGCCAGCCUCUCCCUCAGCAUCCUCAAGCUGGAAAAGCCCCCUCUCCCGGGCCGCGGCCAAGGGCGGCUUAUCGUUUUGGACCAGCCGGUAACCGUGGCCACGGCCGUCCAGAAAAUGAAGUCCCACCUGGGUUUGAGUCACCUGCGCUUGGCUCUGGGCCGCGGACAGACGCCAGAGUCCUCGGUGCGCAGCGCGGCCGCGUGCGCCGGAUCCGGGGCCUCCGUGCUGAGGGGGGUCAAGGCGGACCUCUACAUCACAGGCGAGAUGUCCCACCACGAAGUGCUGGACGCGGUGGAGGAGGGGACCGGCGUCAUCCUCAGCGACCAUAGCAACAGCGAGCGCGGGUUUCUGGCGGUGUUCCGGGAGAAGCUGGCCGUGCGUCUUCCCGACAGCGUGACGGUGGCGGUGUCCAAGGCCGACAGGGACCCGCUGGAGGUGGUCUGACCGCCUCGGGGGGGGGCCAUGUUUUGAUCGGACAAUAGCGCCUCCCGGGCCUUGAAACGGAUGUGACGAGAGUCUUUAAAUAUCUGUGUCUCACGUAGUGAUGAAAAGUGCUUCCUUUGUUACACACGUUAUUCGUGUUAUGUGUUUCUGGCACGGCCCGUGAAAUAAAAAAUCCCCAGAUAUGCUCCGUGGGCGUGUCGGGUCAAACAUG